AUGGAUGCAUCGACAAGGCUAUACAAACGCUUGGGAGAGAUACCAGAAGACCCGAACGACCCUGAAAGUCUGGACGAUCUGAUAGUCUGCGCAUUCGGUGCAUUUGAGCGAUAUUACGUUUGCUGGAAGACAAAAGGAGGGGAAUUUAGACAAGAUGGCUACGACCUCCCUCCCGCACUCAAAGAUUGGCUCUACCCCACUGAUGGCACCACACGAGAUUUCGCAUCCCUUCAAGUCGUCUUCGGACGAGGCGAAGAGUACUUCGCAUCCGACAAGAAUGGCAAGCUAGAGUACAAAGAACCGGAAGUGAAGAGGCCAGCGCCUACGGAAGAUGAAGAGAAGCUUGAUCGACAGGCACUGAGGAGAUCGCGAACGGUCUCUGGACAGCUCUUGGCUCAGGUGUAG